UCAGCAGCAAUUCUCGAAUUCAUUAUGUUAAAGAUUAAAUAUGGCGUACAAAUUCGACAACAAAGACGUCAAUGAUUUUUUCAGCGGGAACUUUACAGCCCAAAAGUUGCACACCGAAAAUGAGUUCCAUCAUAAUCCUAUCAUUAAUGAAUCAAUGAGGCUAGAAUUUCAGAAGAAUCAAGGCAGAGAAAAGUCAUUUAAGGGAGUCAACUAUUUUCACGUGGCUGGUGCGUCUGACAGAGCAAGCUUAGAUUACGCAGAAAAGGCGCAAAAGAUUCACGAAAAACGAGAAAGAAGAAACUUUACCGCGACCACUCUCUGUACCAGAAACGGAAUGCAGUUUCAGCCAGACCUAGAUGAGACAAAUAGUCUCAUGCGAGCAGAGUCAACCAUAAUCGGAUUUGAUGAACCCAAUUCUCAGCAGCAGCUGGGGAUUGGCCCCUCUAGAUUAUCGCCAGAAACUUUCUACGACAAAAGUCUCCCUGUUUAUCCAUUCCGAGAACGGAUCCUGGACACCAUCGAUCAGCACCCAGUCGUGUUAAUUAAAGGAGGAACUGCAUCGGGAAAAACCACCCAAGUGCCUCAGUACAUCAUGGACCUGUGUGACCAACGAAGGGUCAGAUUCAACUGUGUCGUCACCCAACCCAGACGAAUAGCCGCUCUAUCAGUCAGCCGAUAUGUGAACAAAGUUCGCAACCUGACAGAGGGCAGGCUAAUUGGAUACCAAGUGGGGCUAGACAGUAAAUACACGAUGGGAGAAACUAGAUUGACCUAUAUGACGACAGGUGUGCUUCUGAAGCAGAUUGUGACGAGGAAGAGUUUAAAUGAGUUCACGCAUAUCAUUCUGGAUGAGAUUCACGAAAGAGAUCAAGACACAGACUUCGCUAUGUUGCUAGUGAAAAAGUUAAGAAGCAGAGCGCCUGACGUGAAAAUUAUUCUGAUGUCUGCUACUUGCGAUUCAGAUUUGUUUGUGGAAUACUUCAAAUCUAGUGCAUUUGGUCCGGUUCAGAAACCACCUUUGAUUAAUAUCGAGACAAGAAACUUCCCUGUAAAUGUUCAUUAUAUAGAGGAAUUCGCGCAUAUUCAUCAGCCUCACAAAUUGAGUAAUUUGCAGCUGCAUAUACAUAACCCAGUGAUCGAUCCUUAUCAGUUUGAAGUGGCCGUCAAGCUCAUCGAAAACUUGGACGAAAUUGAGGCGACGAGUAAGCGAAUCAGAAAAAGAGGAGCGGUUUUGGUUUUCUUACCCGGACUGGCUGAUAUUUCCGACAUGCAUGACAGAAUGUAUCCGAAUAUGGAGCGAAACAACUGGAUCGUUACAAUUUUGCACUCCGAACAGCCGCUAGCCAAUCAGAAUAGAAUGUUUGAAGAAGUAGAUCCAAAUUAUAGAAAGAUAAUUCUGUCCACUAAUAUUGCGGAAUCAUCAAUCACAGUAACUGAUGUCUUGUAUGUCAUUGAUUUUUGUCUGUCGAAAGAAAUGGAGUUUGACAAGUACUCUUCGUUUCAAGAGUUGAAGUUGAUUUGGGCUUCAAAGUCGAACUGUGUUCAGAGACAGGGAAGGGCGGGUAGGGUUCAAAAGGGUUUCUGCUACCGGAUGGUUACAAAACAGUUCUAUCAGCAGGAAUUGAAAGAGCACGCGGUCUGCGAACUGAAACGAGCGCCUCUUGAACCAAUAAUUUUGCAGAUCAAAACAUUCGACAUGGGAUCCCCGAAAGAAAUAUUGGGAAUCGCGAUUGAACCGCCACUUGAGGAUAGAAUCCUUUCAUCUAUGAAGUCACUGAAACAACUUGGAGCUAUUUCUCUGCAUCUUUUUAACUCGGAUAAAACCAAAACAAAGCCUAGUGUUGAAGACGGAGAACUGACAUAUAUGGGUAAAAUAUUAGCCAGACUCCCCUUGGAUGUCCGGUUGGGUAAAUUAAUCAUUUUUGGGUGGGUUUUUGGGGUUCUCGAGGAUUGCAUUAUUAUGGCAGCCUGCCUGAACGAUCGAGGACUUUUCGCCGACCCGUUCAACAGGAGACUAGAGAGUUUUGAGAAGCGUCUGGAAUGGGCCAAAGGAACGUGUAGUGAUCUUCUGGCACUGUUGCAUGUCUACCAGGCAUUCCAGGAAAAGUUCCCGACCGAGUUCACAGAGUGCAGUCACAGUGAAAAAAGAGAAAUUAGAGAAUGGUGCGAAUUAAAUUUCGUGGAACUGAAGAAAAUAAAAACCAUAAAAUAUCUCACUGAUAAGCUCAGAGGAAUUUUGAGAUGCGAAGAUAUUUACCCUCAUUCGCAAUUCGAACAGGAAAAUCUGGAUACAGAAACUCGGCUGAAGUUCAUCAAACUUGCCAUUUGCGGUGCCUUUUUCCCUCUUUACUUCACAUCAGCAACGCCAACACCGGAAGAAAUUCAGGCAGAUGCGCUCAAUUGGCCCCCCAGACAGACGAUUCGGUUCAACCAGCUUCCACUAGGGGUCAAAAUAGAAGAACUUGCAUGUGUGAAACACCAGCUGGACGCGAUGUUUAGAGUGUCAUUGAAGUACUGUCCGAAAAUAGAGCUGCAUAUCAGAGAUUCGAAACUGUAUGCUGUGUUUGAAGAGCCGGCGUGCAGUGAUAGUCUAGCGAGGAAUUCAAUUAGUAAAGCUAUUUAUUUGGCAGUGAAAAUGCGAUUUGCGGGAAAGUGGAACCGACCUAGAAUCGAUUUUAGCCGCCUUGACCCGAAUACAUUGAACUGUUUGAACUCUCCUCAUCUGUACACUGCAAGUACUGCAGCGUUUGUUCACACUGAAGUUUCACCCGGAAACGAUAACUAUGAAGAGUUCUGCGUGGGAACAAGAGGCUUAGUGUUGCAUGGUAAAGCGAGCAAAAGAAACACAAUGGCGAUAGAUUUGGAGCAGAAAUCUUUGAUGUGUGAGCCUAUACAUGCAAUAAAUGCUAUUUCCUUUUAUGCUCAAAGAAAGGAUGAUUCGAGUAAAGAAGCUCUGGUUAAAGUGGAGGAGAUGAUCAAAGACAUCCAGUUGAGUGGGAAGGACAAACUGGCCAAGUUGGGAAGGAGGAGUUUCCACAGGGGCACACUGUGUCUGGCCAGAGAUCCCAGUGACACUGAUCCAGAAACUCAACACACACUCUACAGAUGUGAGAUAGAAGAAGUGAAGGGAAAGCAGUGCAAAGUGUUGUUUGUGGACUAUGGCAACAGUGGAGUUGUGUGCAGCAGUAGUCUAGUGGACAUCCUGCCAGAGUAUGAACAGCUCCGACGGAUAGAAUUCCUCGCUUUUAUCGUCAAAUUCACACAUGUCAAGUGUCCUCGAAAGAAGUCACAGGAGCUGAACGAAGACAAGGACUGUAUGUGGGAGCACAUUAACCAGUGCUACGAGCAGGACUACAAAUUCGAAGCUAUGAUCUACUCUGUCACAGACGGAUCCAGAGUACAUGGAGAUCUCUAUGCUUACCCUGCCAGGCUCCUCAGAAAACGAAUCUUGUUCAAAAAUGACCCUUCCAGUUUCAUGAAAAGUAUCGAGAACGAAGGUUUGGUGAACUUCAAACAGUUAGCGUUUCAGAACGGUGCUUGCGUCGAAGCAGACGAAACCUUUGCUUCAACUAGGAACCACAUGGAACGGAAAGCGUGCCAGAAAAGACAGGAAAUGAUGAAAAUAGGAGGAGAAGAUGGUUUGUCAAUGGAUGAGCCAGAUAUUAAAAUCAACAGUAUCCGAAGAUUCGGAGAAGUUGAACUAUAUGGUCCGUUUAGCCCUUUGGAACUGAAGUUUUCAGGCGUGACUAAACAGUUUAGUUCCAAAAGAAGUUUCGUGAAUCUGCGCGUUGCCCCGGAUAGUAUCAAUUCGAUUGCCUUAGAUGAGAACCCGGAUGUGAAAGAGGAAAAAAUGUUGAUUGCGGGUCACAUUCAAAUUUCAGACAGGGAUAAAAGUGCAAUUUUGAAAAGCACAACAUUGAUUGACAAGCAGAUGGGUUACCUGGAACUUGUGAGUUUGAUGUUUUGUCGGCAAGCUAAAAUCCGAACUGAUAAAAGUAAAACACAUCACGCUAGUGCCUUGUGUGGAAUUGAUGGCAUAGUGGUAGGAGAGGAAGAAGCGACCAUUAUGGAUUCUAUGGACGCAGAAGUGGCCAUAGGAGUUGUCUUCUCCAAUGACGAUUACUAUAAACUGAAUCAGCUGCGAGACAGAAUGAAUUAUAUGUUGGGACAAACGGAUCCUAGACACAGACCAAAUACUAUAGAUGAGCAAAGAACUUGCAUCCAGAAAAUAAGAUAUCUGGCUGAUAAGCUAGUGACCAGAAAACGCGAGUUGCAUCACUUGGAACCCGUCAUAUUUGACGAUUUCAACUGGAGUUUAGGUCAGAAGAAGAACUAUUAUGAGCCGAUUGAUCCUGCAAGAAUGGACGAUCCGCCCUAUUGUUUUACACAGACGGUAGACAGGUCGCCGUUCUAUCUGUUUGAAAUGUUGAAUCCUCAGAGGAGACUGGGUGACGAGGAGCUCCCGCCUAUGUGGUACAGUGCUACAAACUAAAAUCCCAAAUUCUGAUAAAAUUCAAAAAAAAUGAUGUGGAUUACAUAGCGGAACUAUUAAUACAUUAUAGGGCCAAUUUUGUUUCGAUGCUUCUAACACAUUUGUUGGAGGAUUUGUUGUGGUACCAUUAAUGCUAUCUUAGCGGGCCUUAACUAAAUGGCAGUUGUUGCUUCGCUGACUUUACUUCUUAAGUUUGCUAUCGAAUUGUGCUCUUAGAGCUUUAAUGUCCCGAGAAAGAAAAUCGGCUCGUCUUAGAUUCAUGUUCGUCGUAGUUGAUAAUUUUAUUUUUGUCUACUGAAGAAACAUUUCAUUCUAUUUCGCGCGUUUACGGGAGUAAUUCUUUGCUUGUAGACGUCCAUUUCAAGUUUGCUUACUGUAAUUUGUUUUUUUUUGUGCUAUUUUCAAAGAACGGUUACUAAACUCUUAUCCCUUCAAGUCUUAUUAAAUCAAUCAGUGUGCUGUUUUAUGAGGAUAGAUUAAUACAAAUAGUAUAUCUUGCAGGUGUGCAUACAGAGAAAGUCUAUUUCAAAAAUUUGGUGACCUUGAAGUGAUUGUAAUAUCCGUUGCUGUGAUGUAUAAUUUUGACACAUGCGAAGUGGAGGUUCGGGUUACUUGCUAUAAAGUGCAAAGAUAACUGGGAAAACUAGCUGGAAAAGCAUUUUGUACUUGCGAUAGAGCGCAAAGAUUACAGGGAAAACUAGCUGGAAAAAUAUUUUGCCGAUAAUUUGUCUUUUUUUUCUAAUGUCGAUUUUGCAUUAGUCCAUUUUGCUUUUUGUAAAGGCUCUUCUAUAAUGAUUUUCAAAAGGCGGUAAAGUAGAAACAGCCGAUUGUGAGAUGUCAAAAUUGAAUUGUCUAAAGGUGCAAGUCGAGUUAAUUUAGUUGUAAUUAAAUCAUAUGAGCUUAGCUCAUUUACACUCA